AUGACGCAGGAAGAAGCAAAAGGAAAUCCUCCAGAAAGAGAUAAGUAUGUGAUAAUAAAUCUGUUAACAUUCCCUGGAGAUAUACAGACAUGGUUCACGUAUGAACAUGACUUCUUGCUGUCGCACUGCUAUGCAUACCCUUGGGGCUUAUCUGCUGGGACAUUCCUGUUUUUGGUGAUGUCAAACCUGCUGCUGUGGGAGAAAGCUGCAGCAAUUCUUCCAUGUCUUACUGAAGAGGGAGGCUGUACGGAGCCCCCUGUGGAAACCUUUAGAAAUGCCCUCAACAGAGCUGAAACAAUCCGUAGUCUUGCUGAGGAAAUGAAUGAAGAAUUUCUUUCAAAAAUGGUAAGGGAGGAUUAUACUGGUUACACUGCCAGAACUCACUGCCACUCCACUAUCACGAACCCUCCAGCUUCAGGACCUGAACACACAAAUAUCGCAGCCGAAAAAUAUUUAAAAAUGCUGAUCAAUUUUGUGGGUGCCUGGAAUGUCCCUCUGUACCAUCUUGUGGUUGAACUGAGUGCCAUGGAUGAUCUUCCUAAAACUAUCCUUGCAAAUGCCAAAAAGAUUGAAGAGAACAACAAAGAACUCCUGGAAGACCUUAGAUGGAUACUCACCAAGGCCUAUCCUACAGAAAAGAAAGAGGAAAAUUUCCCACGUUGGCAACAUCUUCUAGCCUUAAAAUCAAGGCUCAGAAAUGAUCAGUUUUGGGCAAUAUUUAACCUUUCCAACUGCCUACGCUCAGAUAUAUACUUCACUCUAUUUCAUCUCAAAACACUGAAGUGUCAAAUGACCAACAACUGUUUUGAUACCUAA